CUCGAGAGAGACAACUAAUUUCCUUCCAACUUGUACCAGAAAAGAAGAAGAGUCCUCAAAAGAGUGAAACUCAUAGAUUUCUGAAAAAGAUGGAUUCAUAACUUCAAUUCUUGCAUUGAAUUCUUCAGAGAAAAGGGUCAUUGAAAUUUGAAGAAAUUUGCUUAUAACUACAAAUGUUAGUCGAUUAAUGGAGCAGAGUAGUAGUAGAGAAAUUGAAACCACAGAGAAUCAUCAAGAAAUGGAAGAGAAAAUAUAUGUAGCAGUUGGUAAAGAGGUUAGAGAAAGUAAAUCAACUUUAUUAUGGGCAUUAAAAAAUUCUCGUGGAAGAAAAAUUUGCUUACUUCAUAUUCAUGUUCCUGCUCAAAUGAUUCCUAUCAUGGGAGGGAAAUUUCCGGCAUCUCAAUGUAAAGAUGAGGAAGUUACGGCUUAUCGAGAUCUCGAAAGACAGAAGAUGGUUAAGAGCUUGAAGGAAUAUGUUUUGCUUUGUGCUAGUGUUGGGGUGAGGGUAGAGAAAAUGGAAAUUGAAAUUGACAAUAUUGAGAGAGGAAUCGUUGAACUUAUCACUCGGCAUGACAUUAAAUGGCUUGUCAUGGGAGCAUCUGCAGACAAACACUAUUGGAAAAAAAUGGCAAUGCUCAGGUCCAAGAAAGCAAUCUUUGUGUGUAAACAAGCUCAAGUAUCUUGCCAUAUAUGGUUCAUCUGCAAAGGGUGCCUUAUCCUAACGAGGGAAGUUAGUACGGGUGAAUCGGAGUUGCAAGCAACUUCACCAGAGGUAGUAAUCAAUGAAACCACUGGAGCUACCGAAUUAGAUGGUACAAGAAUGAGAUCUCUGUCAGAGGGUCGGGAGGAACUUGCGAGGCUCGCUAACCCUGUUCAUAAUUCAUUUCGAAGAGUGCAAUCUGACAAUUUCGACACUCGUGGAGCAAUUGUGAGAACAUCGUCUUCCGUAAACAGAACGAUUGCGGCAGCGUCUGCAGAUGAAUGGAGGGAAGCUACAAGGAGCAAGCCUUCUCAGGUUUCAGGGUUCACCAUAUGGUCUUUGUGCGAAGAAGUCGAACCUUCAGUUUCUAACCAAUUGAUGCGAUAUCCAAGGAAUGCAAAUGGAUUGUUACUGCCAGGAGGGCAUGAAUCUGACGUGGAUUCUAGUGAUUGUUCUCCGCAGAAUGAGCCAGUAGAAAGACGAAUUACUGAAGAAAUGUAUGAUCAACUACAACAUGCAAUGGCCGAGACGGAGGAUUCAAAGAGAGAAGCAUUUGAAGAGUCAACUAGGCGUCGGAAGGCCGAAAGACAUGCCAUUGAUGCUAUGCGUCAAGCUAAGGCAUCAGAAAGAUUAUACGCCACUGAGGUGAAACAAAGGAAAGAUAUGGAGGAUAUUCUCGCAAAAGAGAGUCUAGAAUUGAAGGAGAUGAAGAAUGAGCAAGAUGAUGUAGUAAAAGAACUUCAAACAGCUCAAGAGCAGUUAUCGUCCCUAGAGUGCAAACUGAACGACUCCGAACACAUUGGACAGGAGUUGGAAGAUAAGAUUGCCUCUGCUAUGAAUCAAUUGAAAACUCUCAAGAGAGAGCGAGAUGAGAUGCAGUUAGAGCGUGACGAAGUGUUCAGAGAAGCUGACAAUUUUAGGAAAAGGAGAGAGGAAGAGAAAAUCGUCUCAAAAAGUCCAGAGUUCUUCUCUGAGUUCUCUUUCACUGAGAUAGAGGAAGCAACUCAGAAACUCAACGCAUCACUUAUGAUCGGUGAAGGAGGAUAUGGGUGUGUAUAUAAAGGAUUUCUUCACAACACCGAGGUGGCUAUAAAGAUGUUGCACGCGACUAACUUACAAGGCCAUUCAGAAUUCCAACAAGAGGUUGACGUUCUAAGUAAGGUGAGACAUCCUAAUAUCGUUACACUUGUUGGAGCCUGCCCGGAAGCCUGGGCACUUGUUUAUGAAUACCUUCCCAAUGGCAGUCUCGAAGACCGACUUACCUGUAAGGACAAUACCCCUCCACUCUUAUGGCAAACCAGAAUCCAAAUUGCCAGCGAGAUUUGUUCUGCCUUGAUAUAUCUCCAUACAAAGAACCCGCAUAGCAUCAUUCAUGGUGAUCUCAAACCUGCCAAUGUCCUUCUAGACGCCAAUUUUGUAAGUAAACUUGGUGACUUUGGCAUUUGCCGCUUAAUCCCUCGGAGUGACUCCCCAAGCGGAAGCAGCACACCAUUCUGUAGAACCCAUCCAAAAGGAACACUUGUUUACAUGGACCCUGAAUUCCUAGGAACAGGUCAACUUACUGCAAAAUCAGACGUGUAUUCAUUUGGAAUUGUACUCCUUCGGCUUUUGACUGGGAGACCUGCAAUGGGGUUAGUGAAGGAAGUAGAAUAUGCAUUAGACAAUGGAAAUUUAAGCGACGUAUUGGAUGAAUCAGCUGGCAAUUGGCCAUUUAUACAGGCAAAACAGUUAGCUCAAUUGGCAUUAAGUUGUUGUCAAAUGCACCGACGGAAUAGGCCAGAUCUUGAGUCAGAGGUAAUGAAGGUGCUUGAACCUUUGAAGGAUUCAUCCAGGGAUUCAACAUCAUCUUCUUGGAUGGGAGAUGAAGAGCAAUCCCAAGGUCCUCCAUCAUACUUCCUUUGUCCCAUUUUACAGCAAGUAAUGCAAGAUCCACAAGUAGCAGCUGAUGGGUUCACUUAUGAAGCCGGUGCGCUUAAAGAAUGGUUAGAUGGUGGCAAUGAGACCUCGCCCAUGACCAAUCUUAAGCUCACCCACCUUAAUCUCGUUCCGAAUCACUCACUUCGGUCAGCAAUACAAGAACGGCAGCAACAACGGUGACCUAAGCAUCUCAGUCUCCAUCAUAUACUUUUCUUCUUCUCAUUUUAUGCAAUUUGAGUUUUGUAUUUAUAUCCAUAUUGUAAAUAGCAUAGAUAGAAAUAUCACCUGUUUUGGUUGAUGGAAAUUGUUGUAAUCUUGUAGAGCUGGAGUGAGUUUGCAAUUGCGAAAAUUUGCAUUUUUGUAGUAUUCUAGAUCUCAUUACUGUACUAUUAGUAAGCAUAUAUGUACUGUACUAUUGUUUAUAAA